AUGCAAGCUCACAAGACACGAAAGCCCUCGCGACGGCAUGGAACUUGUCCAACCGGCUCUUCCUUCGAAAGCUCUACUGGGCGCCGUGACGCUUCCUGGCCACAAUCUACACGGAGGAUCUCCUUGUCGGCGAAGGAUGCCUAUCCGACGACAACUCCUCAGUCUUACUUCAACGUCACAGGACUCCUUGGCGAAGGGUCUCACGGAAAGGUCCUACUGGCUCGCUCCGACGGGUGUCCGCAAGCACAAGACGGGCUGGUGUAUGCGAUCAAGGUGCUUCCCAGGAAGGUACCACACGGGACACGCGGGACCAGGGAGCUCGAACUACUGGAAUGGAUCGCCGGCAGGCCUCAGGAUAGGACCAGCGCGGGAGUCUGUUUUCUGCAGAAGAUGAUCAAGGGAUUUGAGCGAGGAGACCAUCUUUUCAUAGUCAUGGACCGUCACUGCACUUCACUGGCCGACCCCGCGUUCGCACAGCGUCUCAAUCUAUCGACUUCUAUUCUCGCGCACUCGUUGACUGGCCUAUCUGCUUCUGUCUCUCUGCCUCUGGAGUCUUCUCCAUCUCUAGUAAGUGACUCGCGGCCACACCGCGAAAUUCUGGCUACUCUCCGUGUUCUUGCUGCCGAAAUCGUUCUUGGGCUGUUAUUCCUGCACGAGCAUGGAAUCGUACAUCAAGACAUCAAACCAGCAAAUAUCAUGGUGUCGUUUGCUGGCCACAUCGUGAUCGGCGACUUUGGUGCCGCGAACUUGCUUGACUGUGCUGGCUCUGGCUCGACGUCCCCGGUUACUUGUAUCGUUGUAAAACCCGAAGAACUGGUCAUGCACACCCCAUUGUACGCCGCGCCCGAAAUGGUGACCCGAAAUCCCGAGCAGCUUCUGGUAUACGGACAGCAUGUGGACUGGUGGGCCCUGGGCGUGACGCUGUACGAACUAUCCACCGGCGACACGCCGUUCCCGCUCUCUCAUCGCCUCCAACUAUCAAAGGACCAAGUUUCUCGUAUGUACAGCCGUAGGAGCGACGGCGACACAAGCAUCUCAUUUGGCGCGUUCGAGAAGAUCAUGCUGGACUUGGGCGCGAACAGCCACGGCGGCGACCUUGAUCGGGGAGUUGGAGAUUUCGAAGCGCUUCUGAAGGAGCUGUUGGUGCACGAGCCGCAGUACAGGUUGCACGGUGCGCGGGUGAAGGAACACGAGUUUUUCGCGCUGAUGGGCGAUCGGAAUGCGGGAUGCAGCUGGGAGGAUAUUCUGGCGAUGAGAUGCCCGCCGCUCCCCGACCCGAUCUGUAAUGAUGGCGAGGAAGGAGUGAUAGCUGAUGGAUUUGGGCUGGAUGAUAUCGGCGGGCUCAUUGCGCCCGAUGAGAUGGAGAUGGUCCAGGGCAAUGCAGCUGGUGACGUCCUGGCUCCCAAAUCACAAUUAUCCAUUCACGAUCACGAGGGCUUAGGUGACGGCCCAAACACCCACCCAAGUAGCAGCACUCUUCAAACCCUGCCUGAAAUACCGUCCCUCCCUGACCUCAUGGGCGAGGGCACCGCACUUCCUCAAUCUUCGGAAGUUGACGCUGCUGGUCCGUCGUCGGUUUGGGACUUCUGCUACCCCGCUCCUCAGCGACACACAUCGGAUGCUGACUCCUCGCCCCGUCCAGCGCCAUCCCCGUCGGCGUCCCCUCCCCAGAAACAAAAUGGACUGAGCAGUGCCCAGCCGCCGAAUUCUUUCGAUCAAUCCUCUGGGUCCUCAAUUUCUGCGCCACCGCCGGUAGACGUCGACGAGCCGCGGGUAAUGGAUAUCCAUUGCUCUUUUUCCGACGAGGGCGACGAGGAGUACUCGCCUCCCCAACCCUGGCCGUCUACGUGCUCCCUCGCCAACUCCAUCGAACGAACGCAAGUAAAUCAGCAUGCCCCCGCUCCGCGUGUUUCACCCCUUCUGCUUUUGCACCACUCUGAGCGCCCUCGAGAUCUGUGUCGUGGCGCGGCACUCGACUACGAGCACCAGUUGUCCCCCAUAAUAUUUCAUUGCCCAGUUCUGGAUUCGACCGUCAGCCUGGGUGUCAUGGGACCCGAGGAUUUCUCUAUGGUUGAGAAGGACACUAGCUACUCCUCUAAUAAUCUCCUCUCUCUUGGCGAAUCAUGGACGUUCGAAGAGAACAUAACGAUCGCAAUUCUCGACGCCAUCGGUUCGCGCCCUAAUAUCAAUGCACCCCAACGCGCCAAGCCACUGCCCGCCCCACGGACACAUCACAAGAGGAAGCUGAACUGUUUGAAGCUGAAGCGAGUUGUUUUCUACAAGAUUAAGCGCUUCAUGAAGAAUAGACUCCUUCGAAGUCUAUUGAAAGUGAGACCCUGA